AGUAUGCACCCGGCCAUGCGCCACAGUAGUCCUUAACGCAUGUAAUUAUUAUUCAAUAAUUCGUUUUACGCGCACGCGUCAGUGUAGAGACAGCGGGCGACAUGAGCGCGCGCGCAGCCUCGCCCGCUCUCAUAGAGAUCGCGGAGCCCGACGCCGCGGAUUGCCCCACCCUCGCCCUGCCCCCUGAAGGUAACGUCAAACACAAAAACUACAGAAUGCUCAACGAAAACCUCCGCGCCUACACCCCGACCGGAGACAUACACACGUCACCAGAAAAAGGAAAGCUUGUCGCCAAAUUUGAUGUAUCAUCCUCCAUCUCCCCGCCGAGAGCAAGAAUACUAGAGCUACUCAGAUCUGAUGACCCUGGACGAGAAAGCUUGGAAGCCAUAGUCAGACCAGUUUCAAGAAGAGGCUUAACCCGACCUCUUGAUGAAGACACUAGAAGAUUCUUGGAAAGAGCGCUUCUAUCCCCAAGUCCUUACGGAUUUUCAGCAGAUUCACCAGAACCUCUCCAUCGAUCUGCUAAAGAACCAUACACACCUGAGCCUACGACUCCAGAACCGGAAGAAAAACCUCCGCAGAAAAAGGGCCGGUCGUUAGCUGAUGAGCUGCGUGAUGCUGAAGAUGAGACAAGUGAAAAGAAGGAUAUAUACUUGGAGUUUAUCAAGCGAGGUGGUGGUUUGAAGGAUGCAGUGGAACGGGAGAGGUUAGGGAAGCUCGCGUUGUCAGUGGAAGAAGACAGUGAUAGUGAGAGUGAGGACAGUUUGACAUUGGCCGCUCGGAGGUUGGACGCGUUGCUGGAGGAAUCCCGAGGCCUGCACAAGGAGCUGCAGGGCAUCCACCAGGACAUGCAGGCGCAAUGCGCGCGCGCCGGCCGUUGCGCGGCGGCGGCGCGCGCGCUGGACGCCGAGUGCCGCUCGCUGCGUUUCCUCGACGAUGUUUUGGCCCUCCUGAGGGGUGAUGUGACUGCUGCCAGCGCGCGAUCUUGGCCAUUUGCGUUACCUACUAGAUUGCCUGGAAGAAACUAUAUAGUUUGAGGACCAGGUUCACGGAAAUACGGCCCCGGCGGAAAUUUUUCGAAAAAUCUCAGGUACCAAGAAGCAAAUUCACAUCACUUGGAACAACGACAGAAGAUAAUUUAACAUCGAAUCAAAAAUGACAGUAAAAAUUGGCCAAGAGUAGUGUUGGCCGAACGUUAAUUACAAUUAACCAUUAACCAGUACAAAUUGAACCAUAAACCGUAACGGACGGUUACAGUUUAGGUACGGUUCAAUUUAGACUGGUAAAUGGUUAAUUGCAAUUAACCAUUAACCAACCACUGGCCAAGAGCGUGUGGACUACUACAACGGAAGGUUUUGUAUCUGUAUACUAGCUCGGUUUUUUUUUGCUAUGAAACCGUAAUAAGGCUAUGGCUUAAGAUAAAUCUAGGGCAUUAAUUUAAAAAGAUUUGGACUUUAAAUUAUUUUUGUAUUGUUUUAUGCAAAAAUUGCUUAUUGAUGCUUCCUAUAAAUAGUUACGUGUACAGUC